UGUUUCUCCAAGAGGCAAAUUCUCAUUCUCUGUCAUGAUAUGAGCUGACUCAACUCUUCAAAUAUGGACAACAGUACACAACCGCCGAACUCCCCUGAAAGGAGCAGUGUGUUCACACAUGUGGUUCUGCCAGUGCUCUACUCCAUCAUCUGUGUUUGUGCAUUGAUUCUCAAUGGACUCGCCGCAUGGAUCUUCUUCAGGGUUCCCAGCUCUUCUGCCUUAGUGGUUUACCUAAAAAACAUGGUGGUGGCCGAUGUGCUAAUGCUGUUUAGUUACCCGUGGCGUGUAGUGGGUGACCUCGGUUAUGGUGGCUUGCAGCUGAAGCUAAUAGUUUGCCGUUACACGGCUGUGCUUUUCUACCUCAGCAUGUACACUGGAAUAGCCUUCAUGAGCCUCAUCAGCUUGGAACGGUACUUUAAAAUCGUCCGCAGUGUUUCCAGAGUGUCAUCGUUUCUGCAGCGUGUUUGGGUGGCAAAAGCUCUCGCGCUGUUAGCUUGGGCAAUCAUGAUAUUCUUCUCACUGCCCAACACCAUAUUAAGCAACCAGCCCAUGCCUAAGGUUUUUUCCUGCAUGGCUCUGAAGAGUGAGCUGGGUCGGAACUGGCAUGUAGUUUCAGCCCACUUUAAUGUCGGGAUCUUCUGGGUGGCGUUUCUGCUGAUGGUGUUUUGCUACACAUCCAUCGCUUGUCAUGUGUAUCGCUCCUACAAACGUGUGCAACAGGACAGCAGCGCAGCGGGACGGAGGUCAAAUCGGAGCAUCUUUAGCUUGCUGGCUGUGUUUAUCAUCUGUUUUGUGCCUUAUCACGUGUGCCGUGUUCCUUACACUAUGAGUCAAAGAUCCAAUUCUGGAUAUCUCCCACAAGACCGCUACGUUCUCUUCCAGAUCAAAGAAGCUACGCUCUUUCUGUCUGCCUUAAAUGUUUGUCUGGAUCCUGUCAUCUACUUCUUUAUGUGCCGGAUAUUUAGAGAGUCACUUCUGCAGAAAUUGACUUCUGCAAAUAAAGAAAACAGGAGGCCUUCGGUAGGCACUGGACUGAGUAUCAGCAACCUGUAAGAGGAAGAAUGCCUUGCGCAAUGGUUGUCUGAAAGAUUAAAAAAAACUGAUAUUAAUGUUUUAAAACCACAGAUCAAGUCGUGGUUUCCUUGCACAGGAAAAUGCAGAAAAGGGCGUUAAGCCGAAGUAGGUCACCCCAUAGUGAUGUUUUCUAAAACGUCAACCCCGGCUCAAAAUCAACUGAGCCACUGCUUUAAAGUACAGUUGACCUGGAACUGACAUAUCACCUGACUUGCACAGCUGAAAAUUAUGACUCCAGAAAGAAGGUUUCACAGAGAAGCCAUGUAUGGUUUAAUACUUUCAGUUUAUUUUCAGUGAACGUCUUUUUAAAAUAGCGUUUGCUUUCUUGU